AUGGACAGCCUCAAGCCCGGCUGGCAGGAGACCUGCUCCCUGACCUGCACGAAGCGCCACAAGUCCUGGUCCCAGUGCAACGGCAUCCGCGACGCGACGGCCUACGUCCCGCCCUCCAAGCUCAAGACCGCCGCGGGCGUCGACCACGACUUCAACUUCCUCUCGGGCAUCGAGCGCGCCGUUCAGCGCUCCGAAAAGGAGAUUGUCGAGGAAAGACACCUUCUGAAACCCGAGGACCUGCGGCCGGUCGAGGUGCGCAGCGUGCAGUGGAAGACGGGCCGCGAUGGACGCAAGAAGAGGGUCAUGGUCACCGAGGUCCUGCGGGGGGACAGCGGCCCAGGAGGUGCGCGGUAUGAGGCGCUCUCCAGCAUACCCUUCAAGAAAAGGCUGGCUACGUUUGGGAUCCUGCUGAAGCGUGCGCCGGUGGGAAUGGUCAGACAGAAGGAGAACGGGACCAACUUCAGCAAAGCCUCUGGCAGAAUCAAUUGGCAGGUUGAAUGGCUUCUCACUUCGUCCACAGACACAAAGACACCAUCACAACAGCAGGAGAGCGUGGGGAACACCGAAACAACAACGACAAAGAGGGUACUAGCCAAGGCGCUCGACGACGUGCCGCUCUACAAGGCCUUCGUCACGGGGCAGAAGUCGUUCAACGAUGAGCAGGCCAGAAAGGAACAGCAACGGCAGCAGCCACCAGACGACGACGAGGAGACCCAGGAAGCCAAUGCUCACACCGGCGGAUCUGGCCGAAACAAGAAGCGCCGCAAAAACCAACACAAACCGGGCCAGUCCAUCGCCACGGCCCAAGACACGGAGACGGGAGCCUGGCAUCCAGGCCGAUUCUUCAUGCAGUCCUCUCCGCGCGGCACCUGGACUUCCCACACUGGCGUCCAGCCCUUCACGGGGACAACGGAGGAGGAAGAGGCGCAAAAGACGAGGUACACGUUCUACGUCGCGGGCACGACAUCUGCGGCGACGGCAGCGACGGGCAAGAUGGUCGUUCACCCCGUAGACGCAACGACGCCCCUCGGCGAAGCCCUGCGCGACACGACGGUGCCGGAGUUUCCUACAAUCUACGUCGUUGAAUUGGGAGCGGUCCUACCGGCGACGUUACUCCCGGAACCGAAGCCGAUGCGCCUCGUUCCCAAACGUAAGCACGAGAGCAACGGCAAAAGGGCAGACGGCGGCAGUAAGACCAAGAGACCUCGCAAGAACCUGGAAGACGGCGAGCUGCCGAGCGACGGGGACGAGAGUGAUGGCGAUCUUGCCGUCGCCGACGUUGAUAGGUUUGCGGCCGCCGUCGACCAGAUUGUUGCCGAGCAAAGUCUGGGCGAGGAAGACGACGACAGCACGACGAGUAGCUCUGGAUCGUCGGAUUCGGAGAGCGACGGAGGGGUCAGCGCCAGCCUCGCUGCCAAGUUGGCACUGUUGAAGAAGAGAGUGGCGUGA